CGAUGAUCAAAUCAAACAUCGUUAUAUUUUAACCUCUCUUCUUCCCCCGUCUUAUCCCACCCUAGAGCUUUCUUGGGAUAUUUCAGAAAACCAUGAGCAUGAAUUGCCUUCAUUGCAACUCCACGAAGAGUAAUUUGUCCGACUCUGAGAAGGAAUAUGACAUCAGCACAAAUCCGACCAGGAAACGUAGUUUUGCAAAGAUUGAGAGGAUCUGGUCGGGGACCAUUCCUCCACCGCCCUACGGCUACGAGAAAAUGAGAAGUGGGUUUGCAAAUCCGGUGCAGAAGAAGGUAAAGACGGGACAUCUUCGAGAUAUUAGUGAAGGAUCUGUUGCAUUCGAAGGCAGCAGGGAGCCCAGGUUGGUGAGGAGCAGUGGAAUGAGAAGGGAUUGGAGCUUGGAGGAUCUGAGAAAGGCGGAAGACAAGAAAGGGAGAAAAUCUUGAAAAAUGACUACAGCUCUAGCUCUUUUACUCAUAUAUCCCAUCUUUCUGUUGUUUUUUUUUUCCCCUCCCUCUUUUUUAGGGUUUUUGUUCUCCUUCAGUCUCGUGUUUCUUGGUUAUUUGAUCGUUGGGGAUUACAUGCAGACGUACCGUUGAAGUUCAUUCUGGGAGAGGGCUUAAACGUGCUUAUAUUUGAGUCAGAAGAUCGUCUGUAGUGCAUUUUGCAAGUGAUCAAGAAUUUUGUACACACUCAUCCCGAAAAAGAAAGAAAGAAAGAAAGGAAUAAUUGUGCAGUGCAGUGAUGCUAA